CGAAGAAUGAGGCCUAUUCUCAUGUGAAACGUUAAGUAACACUUCUUCUACUCUACGUUAUUAGGGCUAAGUUCAAAUUCCAGCUGUUCAACAACCUUCGUGGCUCGUUAACCUGCUUUAGAAAGCCACGAGACCAGGAUGCAAGAGGAGUAUUUGUGAAGAACGACCCCCGACCACGUGCCAUGUCUCUGGUUUUCCUACGACCUAACACCAACGCAGUCCACAGUAAGAAGGAUAAAAGACUGAUGGCAGAGGUGAAUGCAUCACCGCUCAAGCACUUUGUAACAGCAAAGAAGAAGAUCAACGGAAUCUUUGAACAAUUGGGCUCCUACAUUAAGGAAAGCACGUCCUUUCUAGAAGAUACGUACAAAAAUGAUGAGUUGGACCCAGUCACCACAGAGGAGCAGGUCCAGGAGGUGCAAGCUUACCUUGCAAAGGUGGCUGGGAUCGGCGAAGUGCUCGCCCGCAGACAUAUGAAGGUGGUCUUCUUUGGGAGGACCAGUAAUGGGAAGAGCUCAGUGAUCAAUGCCAUGCUAUGUGAUAAAGUGCUGCCGUCAGGAAUAGGACACACCACCAACUGUUUCCUGAGGGUGGAGGGCACAGAUGGCAACGAGGCCUUCCUCCUCACAGAAGGCUCUGAAGAGAGGAAGAACAUAAAGACGGUAAACCAACUAGCCCAUGCUCUCCAUCAGGAUGAGGACUUAGAUGCCGGCAGCUUGGUCUGUGUCAUGUGGCCCAAAGCCAAGUGUGCUCUGCUCAGGGAUGAUCUGGUGUUGGUGGACAGCCCAGGUAUCGAUGUUACCACAGAAUUGGACAGCUGGAUUGACAAGUUCUGCCUUGAUGCUGAUGUGUUCGUUCUGGUGGCAAACUCUGAGUCCACACUGAUGCAGACGGAGAAGUCCUUUUUUCACAAGGUCAAUGAGCGGCUCUCCAGUCCCAACAUUUUCAUCCUCAACAACCGCUGGGAUGCUUCAGCCUCAGAGCCUGAAUACAUGGAAGAGGUUCGUAGGCAGCAUAUGGACCGCUGCACCAAUUUCCUGGUGGAUGAGCUGGCUGUAGUGGACCGGACCCAGGCCAGUGACCGCAUCUUCUUUGUUUCUGCCAAGGAAGUACUGCAGGCUCGAGUGCAGAGAGCUCAAGGAAUGCCUGAAGCAGGUGGAGCUCUUGCAGAGGGUUUUCAAGCCAGAAUGUUUGAGUUCCAGAACUUUGAGAGGCGAUUUGAGGAGUGUAUCUCACAGUCAGCGGUGAAGACCAAGUUUGAGCAGCACACUGUGAGGGCCAAGCAGAUCUCUGAAGCCCUGCGCCAUAUUAUGGAUUCUAUACAUAUUGCUGCACAAGAACAGAGGGUCUACUGCCUUGAGACUAAAGAAGACCGUCAUUGCCGAUUGGAGUUCAUCGAUAAGCAGCUGGACCUGUUGACCAUGGACUGUAAGGCUAAAAUCAAGAAGAUUACUGAGGAGGUGGAGAGACAGGUCUCUAAUGCCCUGGCAGAGGAAAUCAGGAAGCUAAAUGUUCUGGUGGAUGACUUUCACAUGGACUUCCACCCAUCAUCAGUAGUGAUCAAGGUCUACAAGAAUGAGCUUCAUCGGCACGUAGAAGAGGGUCUGGGAAAGAACAUGUCACAGAGGUGUUCCACCUCUAUUACCAGUUCGCUGCAAGCUACACAGAGUGACAUGAUUGAUGGUCUGAAGCCUUUACUGCCCAGCCCAGUCAGAGAGCAGGUUGAUAAGCUAGUUCCUCGCCAGUGCUUCAGUCUCAGUUAUGACUUGGCCUGUGACAAGCUUUGCAGUGACUUUCAGGAGGAUAUCAGCUUCCACUUCUCUCUGGGCUGGACCAUGCUGGUCAACCGCUUCCUGGGUCCCAAAAAUACCAGACGGGCCCUUGUAGGCUACAAUGACCAGGUCCCUCGGCCCAUGGCCCUGACUCCUGUCAGCACUACCAUACCUCCUUUCCCGCAAAGCUCUGUGACCCAGGAGGAGCUCAUGGUCUCCAUGGUGACAGGUCUUGCAUCCCUCACCUCCCGUACUUCUAUGGGCGUCCUUGUGGUUGGUGGCGUGAUCUGGAAGGCAGUGGGUUGGCGGCUGAUCGCCUUGUCAGUUGGCCUCUACGGGCUCCUCUAUAUUUACGAACGGCUCACCUGGACCACCAAGGCCAAGGAGAGAUCCUUUAAGAGACAGUUUGUGGACUACGCCAGUGAGAAGCUGCAACUCAUCGUCAGCUACACUGGAUCCAACUGCAGCCACCAAGUCCAGCAGGAGUUGGCCGGUGUGUUUGCCCAGCUCUGCCAGCAGGUAGAUGUCACCCGUCAGAAUCUCGAGGACGAGAUCACUGACAUGAAUAAGAAGAUAGAGCUGCUGGACAGCCUGCAGAGCAAGGCUAAGCUUCUGCGGAACAAGGCUGGCUGGCUGGACAGUGAGCUGAAUAUGUUCACCCAACAGUACCUCCACCAUAGCAAGUAAAGCAAGCAGAGGCUUCACCUGAGAGACUGAAGGACAGCAGAAGAACAUCUGCUCGCUCCAGCUGUUGAAGUAUCUCCUCUGGUUGCCACGCUGAAUAUAAAGAGAGGAAACGUUCGAAAAUGUUCUGAACAGAAGAGUAGAAGUAGAAUUGGCAGUUUAGAUGUUACUGAAUGGAUGUGAUAUGGAUUCAUGGUAACAAGUUACGGAUCAGCUGGUGAGUAACCACCCAAAAAAUAUUAAACAUGAGGCACAACGUUAUAAGUAGUUUUCAGUUACUCUGUCAGCCUCUCUAGUCAGGCCUUGUAUUUGUCCCGGUCAGCUAUGCCAAAUUGAACCUGUGUACAUUUGAUUUUGUAAAUACAUUUUGACAAUGGAAAAGUGCCAUGAAGUGAGAGGCAGAGCACAUGAGGGAAAUGAAAAGAAUGUGUCUCGUUUUAUGAGGAUAAUGCAAUGAACUAAAGACAUGCAAACUAAUUUAUUCCUCCAGCAGCUGAAAUAGAUUUAAAUAUUGAAGAUAUUGUACUUCAGUUGGAGGUUGUUUAACAUUUAAAAUGGACUUUUCCACACUGUCUCUUUUGGUAAUAGUUUAAGUAAUGAAAGGGAAACUACUGCUCACUCUUAAAGUCUCGCUAAUGAGCACCAAGUAGAGCUGAUCUGAUUGGAUAUGUCACAUGCUGAUGGUCGUCAUUCAAACUGUUUGCUCUGCUGUGUGUAAUCUGGAUAUAUGAGACCCCUGAAUGUAACCUCUAAAAGCAUCACGCUGGUGUUAUUCUGCACUUUUCCUGACUCCCAUACUCCCUGUGGCCUCCACCUUCAAGCCCAGUGAAAUACAUACAUCUUUAAAACUGCACUUAUUGCAUUAUACAGUAUCGUUUCAUUUAAAAAAAGGGGGGGGGGGCAGUAAUUCUUUAAUUGGCUGAGCACUGUUGUCUUCAUUUAAAAAGGAGAGAGGUGUGUUUGUUCUCAGCUGCAGCAGUCGAGCAACACGAUUCAAAGGAAUCUACCUGAUACAAAGGACUUGUUAGGACACAUAGAUUUUUGGCUUGUCUUUUCAUGUAAACAAGAAGUACUAUAUAGAAUAUCAAAAAGCUGAUUCCUUAACUGGUCACCAUUAUAGAUAAUCUGUCAGUCAGUAUAGUUGCCAUGGCUACAAGAGAGAAUUGGAACCCUUUGGUCAGUGUUAAAUAAUCCAACUGAAGCUCCUUCUGAGAUUAAAGUUUUACUUUAAAAACAUCCAAUUUUAUGCCGACACUCUCAGUGUUCCCAGAUUGCUUGAGUCUGUCUCAUAGAUCUACCCCUGUUAGCUUCUCGCUAAGACGUCAGUAAAGAUAUGCCAAAGAAAUGUUUGAGGUCAGUUUCUAUCAAACCGGUGAACACUACUGAGCACAUCUCCAGGGCCUUGAUAACCCAAUGCAAGUAUUUUUUAGUAGAUAUGUUAAAUUAGUGUAUUUAUAUAAAUCAAUGGCUCUGAAUCAGCUGAAACAUCAUCACAUUUUAAUGUUAAUAUUUUUAAAAUGUCUAUGGUUCAUGUAUGAAGUCGGCUCAGUGGUAACAUGAUCAACCUGCACUGGAGGCAAAUGUGGCUCAGGCUCAGUUACUGUCUGCAUACUCUGUGUCACAUAUAGAUGUGAUGGAGAACUCCGCUACACAAGAUGUAAAAGUCCUGCAACAGACCCCCUUGAUGAAACAAACUUGUACUUUUGCUUUCCAAAAUGGGUAUAUGUAAUUUAUAAAUUUGCCUUUAUAAUUGGAAACUGGGGAAAGAUAAAAUGGAUGUGCCUGAUUUGUCUAAUAUUUGGGUAUUGUUGAUGGGAGAUGAUGUAAAAUUAAGCCAUAGACUAUUAUGCCAACACUUCCUUUAGGGUGAAGACGAGCACUUUAAUUUUUUUUUCUUCUCAAUAAAGGUAGUGUUUUCCUGCAAUGUAAAACCAUUCUGUAGUUGUAUUUGGCUUCAGGAAAGUGACAGUACCUGCAUGCUGUGAUUAUUGUAGUGUGUUGAACUGUCACACUGUACAUACAUAUGAAUAUAAAAAAUAAAGGGGAAUUUGCUGGAAA